AUGGACUCAUUUUUGAAGCCUUCAACGCCCAAGCACAGGCAUCCAGAUGGGGAAACCCGAACUGCUUUAGGAGAAAUCAAUGCUCAAGAAGAAGAUAUGGAGGCAAAUCUUCCUGUCACACCUUUACAAACAGCUCCAGGCAAGGAAAACGCGGCUCCAGGAUCAGUUUCUUUCAAUUCUAUUCGACCUCAUAAGGACAUAUUGCCGUUAGGAGAGCACAAAUCUCCUUUGAGUGAACGGUGUGCACUCAAAGACCAUGAAAGUAAAGAAACGAAAUCUGUUCCUUGCAAAAAACGUCCUUUGUUUGACCAAGAAGCAGAUACGGCCGCAGAUGUUGAAACAGAAGAAAACGUAGCCGAAUCUACUGAAUGUCCCACAAGAUCCCAUGAUAUAAAAACCUGUGCUGAAAAUCUUCGAUUGCGCUUGCAAUUGGCCAUGUACAAAGUUGAAGUCAACCAACUAUAUUCCCCUUUGCGUGAUUUACCUAUCGUUGUAAAAACCAAGCUCCAUCAUUUACCCAACACACCUUGUAUCACCUCCGUCUGGAAACAGAAAACGGUUCCUUUUAAUCCUGUACCUUCCCCUCAGUUCUGUGAAGAUAGCUUUUGUACGGAUGACUCGCCUACCAAGAUAACACACUCUAAUCCCAGGAACACUCAAACGCGCAAUCUCUUUACUCCUCAAUCAUCUGGCCUGGAUGAUCUUGUUGCUAAUAAUCAAACUCCAUCUCCUUUGAAAAUCCCUCAUCACCCUAUUUCGAAAUCAUCUUCAUCUCAUUCCCUUUGGGCUCGCCAUGGCAAAUUGACCAGAAGCGUGUCCCUUCUUAAUGAUCGCACACCCAAACGAAUUCGUCCCCGGUCUCUUUCUAAAAGCUAUUCCACUCCGUUAAAGGCUUACAAAGUUCCUGGGAAGUCGCCAGCUAGCAACUCCUUUACAGGACCUCCUACACCAAUCUCUAUCACAAACACGCCCGAAAAUUCAUCCGAAAAUACAUCUUACAAAAAUCAAAGCAUUUACAAUAGCACACCUGUCCAAAUGCAUGCUCCAAAAAGACGUUUAUCUGAUUUUGGAAUGCUAAGGUAA